AUGCCUGGAUUCGACUUUUCCAACCACAGUCGCAAUGCAGCGCUGCAUGCGAGAGGUGUUCCGUUGCCGAAAGCCACCUCCACUGGUACCACAAUCGUAGGAUGUCGGUUUGCUUCAGAGAAGGAUGGUGAGGGUGUUGUGAUCGCAGCCGAUACUCGAGCAACGAGCGGUCCCAUCGUGGCAGACAAGAACUGCGAGAAGCUACACUACAUUGCCCCCCAGAUCUGGUGUGCCGGAGCAGGUACAGCUGCUGACACUGAGUUCACAACCGCCAUCAUCUCAUCAAACCUCGAACUACACUCGCUAUCCACAGGCCGCAAGCCGCGCGUCGUCACAUGCAUGACCAUGCUCAAACAGCACCUCUUCAAGUAUCAAGGUCAUGUUGGUGCCUACUUGGUUGUUGCUGGUGUCGACCCGACAGGCGCGCACUUGUUCACGGUCCAUGCCCACGGUAGCACAGACAAGCUUCCCUACGUCACAAUGGGUUCAGGUUCCCUGGCCGCCAUGGCCAUGUUUGAGACGCAGUGGAAGCCGGAGCUCAACAAGGAGGAGGCCAUGGAGCUGUGCUCGCAGGCCAUUCAAGCUGGUAUCUUCAACGAUCUCGGAUCUGGAUCCAAUGUCGACGUUGCCGUCAUUACCAAGGACAAGACCACCCUCCACCGUGGCUUCGUCAAGCCCAACGAGAGAAGUCAGAAGCUGAAGAACUACAAGUUCAACAGAGGCACCACGGCCGUUCUGAAUGAGAAGAUCAUCAAGAAGGACGAGAUUGGCAAGUACGUCAGCGUUCAAGAGGUGCCAGUAGAGUCGGAGAAGAUGGAUGUGGAUUCAUGA